AGGUAGAACUGGUUGUAGUUCGAUAACAAAACUUAAUAUUUUUGUGAACUUUGUGAAUUGGUUUAAGCUGUCCAUUAAUUAAGAAGAAACUAUCGAAAAUAUUUUUUUUCUAAAAAUACAUUGUGUUUUAAAAAAUCAAAAAGCAAAUACAUUUUUAAAAUAAAUUUUACAAACCAUUUAUAGAUCACAAAAAAAAAGAAAAUAGGUGACCUUCAUCAAUAAAAUUUGAACUUAAAAACUAUUGUAUUUUCGAAAUAUAUUUUUAAAUUUUAUUGGUAUUAAAUCAAUUAAAAUUAUUUUAACAAAACUUGAUAUGAACGGAUUUAGUACAGGUGAAGAAGAUUCAAGAGAUGUACAACAAAUUUGUUGCUUAUUGGAUGGUGAUAUCCGAUGCAGAAAAAUUGCUGGAAACGCCUCAUAUAGCAAACGUGUGCAAAAAACAGUUGCACAGCGGAGAUUAAAAUUGAUGAUUGAUUCAAAUGCUCAUCAUACUUAUAUAUGCGAUUUUCAUAAAUCGCGUAUACAAUGUGCACGUACAAAGCGCCGGCGGAAAGACUCUGAAGAUGAUAGUAAUGAAACUGACACUGAUCUUCCCGAAGUAGAUUUAUAUUCUCUACAAGUGAAUACAUUACGUCGCUAUAAACGCCAUUAUAAAGUACCCACUAGGCCAGGUUUAAAUAAAGCCCAGUUAGCUGAUCAAAUAAUGAAACAUUUUAAAACUAUUCCAAUUAAAGAAAAAGAGAUUAUAACAUACUUUAUUUAUAUGGUUAGAUCUAAUUCGAAUAAAUUGGAUCAGAAAAAUGGUAUUGGAAAUGACACCACGUGAAAAUUAGCAUCGAAUAGAAAUUGUAGAAAUAAAUUGAAUAGUAAUAUGGAAAGUCUCCCUCCGUCAACAUCGUCUUCUUUAAUAACUACAACGACGACUUUGAAUUUAAAGAAUUUUUAAUAUUUUUAUUAAUAAACGUUUAAAAAAUUAUUGUAAUUUUCUGAUUAAAAUUAUCGUGAAACUAAAUCUUUAUAAAGAGUCCUAAACCUGAAGUAUUUUGAAUGUAUAAUCAAUAUUUAUAAAAAAAAUAGCCAUACAUUGCACACGAUAUUUAUAAUAAUAUAAGCAUUUUUAAUUUUUAAGAUCUAUGAUUUUUCAAUUUGUAAAGUAAAUUUUAAAAUAUCAAGAAGAAAAGUUGUUAAGUAAGAAUAUAUGUAUGUAUAACAUUAUUAUUGUUUAAGUAAAAAAAACUAAAGUGA